UCCACAUACGCACGUGGGAAGACAACCUGUUGACAACUCGAAACUGAUGUUUAUUUCCGAUGUGACGCGCCUGUAAGAAAAUGGACACGGAAGAUCCUGCUGGAAACAUGACAGGCAGUGGGUUACCUGGCAUCACUGUCAAUGGUCAGCCGAAGAAUUACUUUGCCAGCUAUGAGGAUCUCUCCAUUCAUGAACUGAUGCUGAAGGAUUUCCCUCGUACGCAGGCAUACAAGAAGUUCUUUGAGGAGAAUGCUCCCCACUUUAAGGAUAAGGUAGUUUUAGAUGUUGGAGCUGGCACUGGGGUCCUGAGUCUGUUUGCUGCAUCUGUUGGAGCUAAGAAAGUAUAUGCAGUUGAAGCUAGCAAGAUGUCGGAACUCUGUAAAGAGAUUGUGAAGUGUAAUGGGUUUGAGGACAAAGUGGAAGUGUUCAGCUGCCCAGUUGAGGAGUUGUCACUGCCAGAGAAUACAAAAGUGGAUGUUUUAGUAUCUGAAUGGAUGGGUUUCUAUUUGUUACAUGAAGCCAUGCUUGAUUCUGUCAUUUAUGCAAGAGAUAAAUUUCUUGCCUCAGAUGGCAUAAUGGCCCCUUCCAGAGCAACACUGUAUGUGGCACCAACAGAUAUGGACUCGUAUCAUUCCAGUCACGUGGAGUACUGGAAAAACGUUUAUGGGUUUGACUUCUCCUCAGUGAUUCCAUCUGUGACGCAAAAGUUCCAAAAGGAACCUGUGAUUUCAGAAAUACAGUCCGCAGAACUGCUUGCAUCAGCACAAAAAGUUGUUGAACUUGAUUUAAAAACUGUUGUGCUUACUGAUGUGCAAAAGAUAAGCCAACAGCUUGAUAUGAAGAUGGACAAAUCUGGGGUAUUGCGUGGAUUUGCAUCUUGGUUUGAUGUUGAGUUCUCUCCCCUUGACAGUUCUGUGGCAUGUGGUGUGCUGAGUACAUCCCCGAAUUCUCCUCUGACACACUGGAAACAGACAGUAUUCAUGCUACCAGAGGAGAUCCCCAUAGAUACAGGGGAUGAGAUAAGCACCCUUGUGGAGCUCUCACAGGAUGAAGCUAACAAACGCCACUACAACAUAUCAAUUGAGCUUCUGGAUAUGGACGAUGAAUACAGUGAUGAGGAUGACCACCCUGUGCCAUGUGACUGUGGAGCAGGGUGCCGCCUCAUCAAGAAAGUGAUGGAUACGUACGAUGAAGAACACCGUGAACUGGAGGCGGAGGCAGACAGUGUCAAUGUGGAGGCAGAAACUGAAGCAGUCAGAGUGAUGGACUCUGAAAUGAGCUUGGAAAGUAGUGACCUAGAAGUCAUUGAUCAGUAGAUGGGAUGUUUAAGUCAAGAUUGCCUAAACGUUUGUUUGUCUACCAACUGAGCAUCAGUCUCAGAGUAUCAUGAUAUUGUUCUUAGGGGCCCUUUGCCCUCAUGCCUGAUGCAGCUGGCUGACAGCUGUAACCAAAACAAUGCUUUGACGUUCUACAUGUUCAAAUGAUAUAUGUAUCUUCAUAUUUAAUGUAUGCACAAAGUAACGAAACCAUAACCUAGUCAAAAUAUCAAAGUGUGUUAUGUCAUGUUAUGCCAAAAGCUGCUUAGGGGGUGAAAAUGAAAGAUAAAAAUCACGAAGUAUCAAAAUUGUGUUUUAUAGCUGAAACAAGUAUUUGUAAGCAUCAUUAGGUUUAGCCACAAGCAAUAUGGUUGUUUAGCAUUUACUGGUAGUGAAUUGAUCUGAUUACAAGCAAAGAAAUUUAAGAAUCUGUUUGUUAUAUUGUUGGAAUUUGAUGUUUUAAGAAAAUAAACAUGAUCAAAGGUAAAGUUUA